AGGUUCAGUUGGAGUGAGUUUGCAUUUUAAGGAAUCGGUAGCAGUGAUCAGUGUUUUUCUUUCACACCGGCAUCUGUUAUUACAAAAACUGACACCAUUGAAUCAAUAUCCUGAAUAAAGACGAGUAAAAUUAAAAAAUUAUGGCCAUUGUUACCAGACCAAGUGGCAAGUCCUAACAUUAGCAGAAGCUGGUGGUCCUGUAAUUCAAACUACCCUCCCAUAGCAUUUGGCAAGAUCUGAUUUCGCUCUUCACAAGAAGAAAAAGAGAAAGAGGGUUUGCUGCUGCAAGCAACUAUGAUCUUCAAGUUCUAAUCUUUUUCUUCUGAGAGAAACAGGGUCAGAAGAAACAACAUAUUUAAGAUGGGUCACCCUGUUUCAGUUCAGUGCAGUUAUUUUGCAUACCAACUGUUUGAAAAAUGGCCCCGACGAGCUACUAGGAAGAUAUUUUGACAAGACAAUCUCUCCACAUGGUUUGGUGAUGAAUUGGCUGACAUUUCAUGUCUGUUUGUCUGUCUGAUCAAACAAAGUUCGUAACAUUUUUUCCUACUGUCGUGGCUCUGGUGUUCUUGGAUUUGUGGAUUCCCUUUGGUGUCUAUUUUUAUAUCAUUGUUGUCGACAAUGAAAUUUCUGACAAGAGAACAUCAAACUCUGGUGGUUGAUGGCUUUUGACUCCUUAACUCACGUAGAUAGGGAUGGGUAAAUCAAGAUGGAGGCUUUAGCCCAGUAAGAUUCUCAACAAUAAGAACUUCACUUGCUUUUUCAAUAUCCCUUGUCCAUAUGAUCAUUCAAAGCCAAAUUCGAUGUGUAUACAAUUGUACAAGACCUAUUGUAUCAACACGAGUAGUCUCCAGUCUCAGUACAGAGUUAUCAACCAACAGUUACAUAAACUUGAUGUGCAAGAAACAGCAAUACAAAGAAGCACUUGAUGCAUUUGAUUUCAAUCUAGAGAAAUCAGGUAUCCAGCUAGAACCAAGCACGUACGCGAAUCUAAUACUGGCCUGUACCAACAUUAGAUCUCUAAAUUAUGGCAAGAAAAUACAUGAUCACAUUUCAAAAUCCAAGUGUCAGCCAGACCUUGUUCUCCAAAAUCAUAUUCUUAAUAUGUAUGGAAAAUGUGGUUCUUUGAAGGAUGCUAGAAAAGUUUUUAAUGCAAUGAAGCUGCGUAAUGUGGUCUCUUGGACUAUAAUGAUCUCCAGAUACAUGCAGAAUGAUGAAGAAAAUGAUGCCAUUAUCAUGUAUAUUCAAAUGCUGCGAUCAGGUUAUCUCCCAGACCAGUUUACAUUUGGAAGCAUUAUUAAGGCUUGCUGCAUUGUGGGAGAUAUAGACUUAGGCAGACAACUGCAUGGUCAUGUCAUUAAAUCCGGGUAUGAUCAUCACUUGAUAGCACAAAACGCUCUUAUCUCAAUGUAUACAAAGUUUGGACAAAUUGCACAUGCCUCAAGUGUGUUUGCCAUGAUUUCCACAAAAGAUUUAAUUUCCUGGGCUUCUAUGAUUACAGGGUAUACUCAACUUGGUAAUGACAUAGAAGCUUUAUAUCUUUUCAGAGAUAUGCUCAGGCAAUCUGUUUACCAACCAAAUGAGUAUAUAUUUGGCAGUGUAUUCAGUGCUUGUGGAAGCCUUCUAGAACCUGAAUUUGGAAGGCAAAUUCACGGAGUCUGCGCUAAAUUUGGUUUAGGGAGAAACAUUUUCGCCGGAUGCUCCCUCUGUGACAUGUAUGCAAAAUUUGGAUUCUUACCUUUGGCAGAAAGGGCAUUUUAUCAAAUUGAAAGCCCGGAUUUAGUGUCAUGGAAUGCAAUUAUUGCAGCAUUCUCUGACAGUGGUCAUGUUAAUGAAGCAGUAUCUUUUUUUCGCCAGAUGAUGCAUACAGGAUUCAUGCCAGAUGACAUUACUUUUCUCUCCUUACUCUGUCCUUGUGGGAGCUUUUUGACAUGUAACCAAGGCAUGCAAAUGCAUUCUUACAUUAUUAAAGUAGGUUUAGAUAAGGAAGCAGCUGUAUGCAACUCUUUGCUGACGAUGUACACAAAGUGUUCAAAUCUACAUAAUGCAUUCAAUGUUUUCACAUUUUUGGGUAGAAGAGCCAAUUUAGUUUCUUGGAAUUCAAUUCUAUCAGCAUGCUUGCAACACAAACAUGCAAGAGAGGCUUUUAGAUUAUUUAAGUUAAUGCUCUUUUCUGAAAAUAAGCCUGACAGUAUCACCAUAACUACCAUAUUAGGAACUUGUGCAGAAUUGUCAUCUCUAGAGGUUGGGAAUCAAGUCCAUUGCUUUACUAUUAAAAGUGGGCUAGUGGUUGAUGUUUCCGUCCGCAAUAGAUUGAUUGACAUGUAUGCAAAGUGUGGAUCACUUAAACAUGCUCGUGAUGUUUUUGAUUCAACCCAGAACCCAGAUAUUGUCUCGUGGAGUAGUUUAAUUGUUGGCUAUGCUCAGUUUGGACUUGGCCAUGAAGCUCUUAAUUUCUUUAGAAUGAUGAGGAAUCUUGGUGUUGAGCCUAAUGAGGUCACAUAUGUGGGGGUUCUCAGUGCCUGCAGUCACAUUGGAUUGGUGGAGGAAGGUUGGCACUUGUACAGAACCAUGGAAGUGGAACUAGGAAUUGCACCAACAAGAGAGCAUGUUUCUUGCAUGGUUGAUUUGCUCGCUCGUGCUGGAUGCUUGUAUGAAGCAGAGAAUUUUAUUAAGAAAACGGGAUUUGACCCUGACAUUAAUACAUGGAAAACUCUACUCGCUUCCUGUAAAACUCAUGGUAAUGUUGACAUUGCAGAACGAGUUGCAGAAAAUAUACUAAGACUCGAUGCUUGCAAUUCAGCUGCUCUAGUGCUACUUUCUAAUAUAAACGCUUCUGCCGGCAACUGGAAAGAAGUUGCGAGACUACGGCAUUUUAUGAAACAAAUGGGUGUACAGAAGGUUCCUGGUCAAAGUUGGAUAGAAUUUAAGGAUCAGAUCCACGUCUUCUUCUCAGAAGACAGUUCUCAUCCACAGAGCGGCAAAAUCUACAGUAUGCUGGAAGAUUUAUGGUUGCAGAUGCUGGAUCAUGGUUAUGUUCCUUGUGAGACGUUGGACAUUAACAUUUGUUAGGCAUUCACCAAUUGUUAUAAUCCUUCCAAAAUCUAUGGUGAUCUUUUACUAAUCCAAUGAGUCGAUGACACAUAAUUUUAAGAGUGAAAUCUGAUCAUUAUUCCCAUUUUAUAUUAUACUAAUAGUAAUUAACGGGGAACUGCUAAGCCGUCAAUCAUUACAGAAACCGCUAAAUCAUUCGUUUUCUUCCACUCGCCAUUGGCCAACAACUUGUCGUUUUUAUUUGCCGGCAUUCGUUUCAACCUAGCGAGAAAAUGCUGUUGAUAACUUCAGAGUUGUAAAAACAUGGGUUUUGGUUGCCACUGAUGUGGUUUCCCGGGGCAUAGAUUUGAAAGGAGUGAACUGUGUUAUGAUUUUGUCUGAUUCUGGCUCUGCAUAUGUCCACAGAAUUGGUAUGUGCAGGUCAUGGAGUGGAGAAGCGAUUACUUUUUAAAGAGAGGAAGGAAUUUCAUUCCUGUGAGUUGCAGAAUAAGAAGUGGAAGAAGCACCUCCAAUGGGAAGAUGACAUCUUUUUAAUCACCCUCCUAAAUCGAAGAAAAUUUUAAUUACGAUUUGUUUUACACCAUGAAAACAAAAUUCUGAAUUUUUUUUACAAUAUUAUUGUAUAUAAAUGUUCUUGACUCGAAUAUAGCAGUUUCACUUAAAAAAACAGAGGUAUAAAGGAAAUAUAUUAAUCAAUUUGUAGUAUAUUAAUUAUGAAGAAACUUCUUA